GGCGGGCCGGACCCCCAGGUGGAGCGACAGGUCUCGGGCCCUCAGGCGGAGCGGCGGGCGCCGGACCCCCAGGCGGAGCGACAGGUCUCGGGCCCUCAGGCGGAGCGGACGGGCGCCGGACCCCCAGGUGGAGCGACAGGUCUCGGGCCCUCAGGCGGAGCGGCGGGCGCCGGACCCCCAGGUGGAGCGACAGGUCUCGGGCCCCCAGGCGGAGCGACAGGUCUCAGGCCCCAGGCGGAGCGGCGGGCGCCGGACCCCCAGGCGGAGCGGCGGGCGCCGGACCCCCAGGUGGAGCAACAGGUCUCGGGCCCUCAGGCAGAGCGGCGGGGCGCCGAGUCAUCUGGCACGACAGUGGGCUCCGAGUCAACUGGCAUGACCGCUGGCACUGGGUCAGACAUUGGAUCGUCUGGCUGGACAGCGGGCAUCGGGUCACCCGGCAUCAGGUCAUUUGGCUCGACCGCGGGCACCGCAUCAUCUGGCAAGGCAGUGGGCUCCGAGUCAACUGGUAUGACCGCGGGCACUGGGGUUCAGACAUUGAAUCGUCUGACUGGACAGCGGGCAUCGGGUCACCAGGCAUCAGGUCAUUUGGCUCAACAGCGGGCACCGCGUCAUCUGGCAAGGCAGUGGCUCCGAGUCAACUGGUAUGACGCGGGCACUGGGUCAGACAUUGGAUCGUCUUGACUGGACAGCGGGCAU